AUGGCUUUCCCUCUACCCAGGGGUAUUACGCCCCCCGAAAUUGCAUUCCUUUGUGAAAUGGAAAUGGUCACCGUCAUUCCCCGACAGCGGCUUGAGAAGCUCGAAUUGCUUGGAGGGCUCAUACCCCCGCUCGUCCCACCACGACGAACAAAUCUCCCACUCUGGUUAGCCCUCCUCCUCAAACGACAACGACGCGCAAACAUCCUUCCCCCUCCCUGGCUAAAUCCCGAAGCGCUCUCUCUUAUUCUCGAAGUAGAAACUGACCGCGACUCGCUGGGAGACGCGUUUCUUAAACCUCCACCACUUACCCACAACGCCGGAGACAGAGAUGGUGCAAUGGGGAACCGCAGAAAUGGACCUCCAACACAUGAGUAUACACUGGACGGCCAAAUAUAUUACCCAUCACCACCGUUUCUACUGCAAAAUACCGCAGAGGAUAGAUUGACUUCUCCCUCCGUCUCCCCUUCUCUUCCAUAUCACUGGCUGGAGCUUGCGACCAUGCUGUUAGAUGUCGCAAGCGACGAUUUGGUUGAUGCAGACCAAAUACGUCGGCUGAUACGAGAUUUGAGGGAAGUACGAAUGGCUAAGAUGAGAAUCCAAGUCGAAGGACUGGAUGCCACUGCGGUUGGUGGAGGAGACGGAUUGCAAUUGACUGGUGUGGGAGCUAUGGAAAUCGGGGAGAGUAGAGCAUUCAUGUCUGGAGUGGCAGAGAUCUUUAGACAACUCGGGACGUCAAAAGAAGAAGCUGCACGGGAAAAAGAAGCAGAAGAAGCAGCCAAUCGGCAGUACGGUGAAACGAAUGACGAUUAUGACGACAUGGAAUUGUAA